GCACAAGGUGGGAGAGAUGUGCUUUGAUAUUCGGAGGAGGUCUGAAUCGAGGAGGCAGUCGGCCUGCGAAUGCACCGAGUGAAACAAACCAGGUAGAGUCUAAUCGACAACGAUGACCUCCUGGCAAACGAUCAAGGAUGGCGAGUGACCACAGCGAUGGCGUCUCCCUAUGCUCUGUCGAAGCAACGUUGCGCUUGCUCCCGUUGGGCGUCAAGCACCUUCUAGUCCUGACUGCUCUCGUGCGCCCGAAGGCAAGCUCGCAGAAGACGCGGCAGCAACACUGCGGGGCGCGGCUCAGGACUGAGCCAUUGACGCGUGGCAACAAGUCAAUAUCCGGCUUUGUUGCUUCCUCACCAUACCCAAUUGCGCAUCGCACUCAGAUUAUGAGCAAUCCUCCACCUUUCGGCCGACAGGUGGGGUUGAUACUGCCCGAAGGGUAUAUGCCUGGCCAUGGCAGAGUCGAGAUUGUCAUGCCCCCUCCAGGGCUAAUGCGGCAUGUCAAUGUCUUCCUCCCACCGGGAGAGGCGACAGAACGGCUCGACUUUGUGGUGUCUCCUGACAUCGCAACCUCUCAAGCCACUUCUGAGGCUGCUGUGCCUUCUUCACGUCCCCUCGCUCCUGGUCUGAGACUGGUUUUCCCUCCAGAACAGAGUCAGGAUGAUGUCAAUAUCUUCCUGACUCGAUCAGUCAACCCAAGGGCCGUCCCUCGUUCAGCAGCCACGCCCACAGUACCUGCGCGCGAUUCUCCUCAAGCGCAAGAAGAAGAUGCGGGAGAGCACGAGCAAGACAAUGGGGAAAAGGAACCGGCAGCAGAAGGCAUACACCCUGAAGAAACCAGACAGCCGGAAGAAGGCAGACAGGAAGAAGAAAGGGGAGAGCAAGAAGAAUGGGGACAGCAAGAAGAAUGGGACCAGCAAGACGAAGAACACGAAUCAAGCCCCCGUCCCAGACGAAAUCUAGGCAAAGCACGGCAGAUUUCCGACAGCGAGGAGUAUGACUCGGCUCGCAGUAACGAUGGAGAGGACAGUCAAGUCUUUCCCGAAACCCCUCCAGGCAUGUGUUCCGAAAUCUGGUCCUCGGACGAUUAUCACCCGUCCAGCUCGGUGUCUCCGACUCCAUCUACACAACGCAAGCGAAAAGCUUCAAAGAAGCAGAAACGCGAGGACCAAGAGAUGGCAACACUGCUGAGAAUUUCGAAGGCGAAGAAGGCCAAGGCCGACAAAGCCAAGGCAGACAACGCCAGAGCCUCUCGUGCGUCAGUCGGCAACGCUGUUGCUUCCUCCUCUUCUUUGCCAGCCCCGCACUUUGCUGCCCAGCUGGAGCGUGAGACCAUCAAACGUCCCAGUUACAUCGACUUCUGUACAGUCUUUAACAAGCUUGAAGAGCAGAUCGCAAGGGAGGGCAAAACUCUUGGGUGGGCAGACAAAACUGUAGAUGCUGCGUCGAUUCCUCUGGGCAAGUUUCCCAACAGUGCGAUCCUGUUCUGGUAAGGUCUUUGAGUCUUGUGUACCUUGAGCAAAGACGAUUAAGACUGACGCAACUUUUGAUCUGACGAACCAGGCACUCGAGCGACCAAAUGAUGGGCCAAUACGAAGGGGAAACUGGUCUAUCCAAAAGGACACAGCUCGAGUACUUUGGGCUACUCGCCCAUCUGCAAAUCAUUGAACUUCUGAAAUCGCUGCGAAGAUUUCCUUCCAAGAGACCGCAAGUGAAGCAGAUCUGGAGGACUCUUUUGACGCCCUACAUGACGCAGAGCUCUCUCAGGCAGGCUUUUGCCCCCAACUUCCCUGUUGAUAUGCGAAGGACUUUGGACCGAAACGAGACAGAUCGACUGCUGGACAUGUGUGAGACGU